UAGGCGGAGCGGGUCGGGGUCCUUACCCGGCUGCUUAGUGGACAGAGCCUGCCUGUGGCUGAGAACCGGGACGGAGAGCUUUUGAGCCCAUCCCAGCUAGCUUUGCCUCAGGGCUGCUUGUCCCGAGGCUCUGGUCCUCCACAGGGGAGUGUCAAGAAGGAGGCCCAAACACUGAGCUUUUGGGGGGCCCUCUGAUAGCUAGCAACCCCGCUCCCUUGGCUGCAGGGACCGGGGUACGGUUGGCCCGGCUCAUCAUGUUUCUUGAUUUCGCAUUGAUGUGUGGGUGAGCCCUUUCCUCUUCCUGCCUCCUGGUCGUUGCCUUAGCAGGAUGGUGAUGUUGGUUGAUAUUUUUUCUCUCAGGUGUCUAAGAAACCUUUUAACGUGAAGAUUAAUGUGGAACAUCCACUAUUUUCUGAGUCUGUGCUUGUUGAUUAAGACCUGGCUUCAUCCUUCUACCCUUCUGUUUUUGAAAAGAGCCCUCUUCUGUACUUUCCCUUGGGUGGAAGCAUGCUCUCUGCUACAGAAGAUGGUAACCUUGAAGUAUGAUCAUGGAAAAGGGGAUAAGCUCAGUGGAAGGUCUUCCCUCCAGAUCUUCUCAUGCCACUGCAGUAAGAGCAAUGGUGAAAGACCAUGAAGCAAAGCAAGCUCAGAAAGUGAGACGAGUAGGAUUUGUACUUGUACAUGCAGGGGCAGGGUAUCAUUCUGAAUCCAAAGCCAAAGAAUAUAAACAUGUGUGCAAAAGAGCUUGUCGGAAGGCAAUUGAAAAGCUACAGGCUGGGGCUCUUGUAACAGAUGCAGUGACUGCAGCGCUAGUUGAACUAGAGGAUUCACCCUUUACAAAUGCAGGAAUGGGGUCUAAUCUAAACCUUCUUGGCGACAUAGAAUGUGAUGCCAGUAUUAUGGAUGGAAAGUCACUAAAUUUUGGAGCAGUUGGUGCUCUCAGUGGAAUCAGAAACCCUGUUUCUGUCGCAAAUAGAUUGCUGUGUGAAGGGCAGAAGGGAAAACUCUCUGCUGGCAGAAUUCCACCAUGUUUCUUAGUUGGUGAAGGAGCCUUCAAGUGGGCAGUAGAUCAUGGGAUACCAGCCUGUCCUCCAGGUGUCAUGGCAACAAGACUUAGCUUAGCAGCUUUUAAAAGGAACAAGAGAAAACUGGAAUUGGCAGAAAAAGUGGAAACAGAUCUUUUUCAGUUGAAGAAAAGAAGACAAUCAAGUGAAAAGGAGAAUGACUCAGGAACACUGGAUACCGUUGGAGCAGUUGUGGUUGAUCAAGAAGGAAAUGUUGCUGCUGCAGUGUCCAGUGGAGGCUUAGCUUUGAAACACCCUGGAAGAGUUGGACAGGCAGCUCUUUAUGGAUGUGGUUGCUGGGCUGAAAAUAUGGGAAUUCAGAACCCUUAUUCUACAGCUGUGAGUACCUCAGGUUGUGGAGAGCACCUGGUUCGGACCUUACUGGCCAGAGAAUGUUCGUGUGCUUUGCAAAAUGAGGAUGCGCAUCAAGCUCUGCUAGAAACUAUGCAAAACAAGUUUAUUAGUUCACCUUUUCUAGCCAGUGAAGAUGGUGUUCUCGGGGGAGUGAUAGUUCUUCGAUCUUGUAGGUGCUCAGCAGAACCCAACUCUUCACAGGAUAAGCAGUCCCUACUAGUAGAGUUCCUGUGGAGUCAUACAACUGAGAGCAUGUGUGUGGGGUAUAUGUCAGCUCAGGAUGGCAAAGCUAAGGUCAGGUUGAAAAUUAGUCCUCAGAACAUUGGCCUCAGACAAUGUUUUGAACCAGAGGGAAGAAAUGGAAUCAAAAUCAUGAUGCUUCCUAAAACUAGCACUGUGUUUCUUUGAAAACAGCAUUGAAAAAGACAUGAAGAAAUGUGAUUCAGAUCUUCUUGGAGAUUAUAGAGAGACUUAAUUGAGCGCCUGAGGGAAAGCAUUUGUGGAGCAAUUUCACUGUGGGUUCAUGUAUGGGUGGUAGGAAUGCAAAUACUUAUUAUUGUGGGUUGGGUUUGCCAUUCUUCCUUAAAUGUUGUACAUGUUUGCCAGUGGUAGAAAUUUAAUCAAUGAUUGUCUCUUGUGUGUUUGGUGGUGGACUUAGUGCAGCUUCAACUAAGCUUGAACACUUCAGUCUGAUCCAAUACUGUGGACUCAAGCAUAAGGUCCCCACAGAUUGUAGUGGUGUUUAUUGCCAAGUAUAUAUGCUUAGCACAGUAUUCUUUGUGUGAGCUUAAUCUAUAGGCCCCUUGUUUGUCUGAACAGAUGGAUUUCUAAAAACUGUUCUAAGGAUAUUUGACCAGUUCUAAUAUACUUGUUUGGGUUGUAGUAUUUGGAUUUCUGAUGGAUUUAUCCUCAAUCCACCUUUCCUUUCCUUUCCUUUCCUUUCCUUUCCUUUCCUUUCCUUUCCUUUCCUUUCUUCAUGCUGUGAACUAGAAGAUAGCCUCUUAACACAAUUGUAUCACUAGUUAAACCCAUAACUGCUUGGCCAAUUACCAGAGAACCCUUUUGCAGAUGCAUGAAUUUCACACGUGGUAGGGAUAUGAAAUGUUCAUAGCUAAACUCCUAGUUAGGAUACAGUCCAGUCCAAGAUAAUUUCUUUUAUGUCAGUCUUGUAUAAAGUCUAAUUUUGAAUGCUUAGUUACUGGCACCAGUCAAAGGCAUUCCAAAUCUGACUGCCAAUUUUCAAAACAUUCCUGAUACUUUGAAUUCAUGCCAUGAAUCCUGAAUCAUUCCCUAUGCCAGGCUUCAGUAUUAUUCUGCCAAAUAUAUCCGUCUUUCCAUUUCUAAUAAACCUGGAUUUAAAUUGUGGUCUAGAGGGUAAACAGAAGUUGAAUCGAUAAAGCAGGACCAGUUUGUAGAUCACUAUAUUUGCAAUGGGAUGAACUUUUGUCCUUGCUACAAAAUAGUUAAGAGAAUUGACCAGUUUUGUAGUUUUCAUGGAGAGAGCAGGUGUAGUAUGAGUGCCUAAGCUGGAGAGGAGCAGAGGUCCAGCAUCCAUCCUGCUUAGGCAGAGCUUCAGAACUGUUCUGUCAGCUCCCUUUAAUAGUUCAUUGGAAUAGUAGAUCAUAAAUGUCCGCUUUCAGAGUGAAGCCUAGCAUAUUGGGAUCGGAGCUUUGGGAUGCACAUUCCACCCCUGCCUUUCACUGGAUACCAACUAUAUGUUGAGUACUGGAACUUUGCCCAUGUGUUCUCUGGCUUAUAUGGGUCUUUUGGAAGAAAAACCUUGGGCAAUAGAAGGAGCCAUUUCUAUAUGUUUUGAGCAGAAGUCAAAGGCCCACUUACGCAAUGGCACUUCCUUUCUGUGUCCUCUCCACUGGGCCUCAGAAAUCUGCUCUGGAGGAUUCUCCAGCUCUCCAGAACAGAUCCUGAGGGCAAUCCGGAGGCUGCUGGGGAGUGGAAAUUGCAGUUCUAGCCAUGGGAAAUCUUAACAGUAUUUCAUCCCCUCCCCAUGUGAUUACAACUGUGCCUGUUUCUGUAGCCACAAACUUGAAACAAGCUUGCCAAUUAUUUUCCAUUAGAAAUAAAGGCCGUGUGAUGACGGUAUUAUUUUUAAGAGAGCUGGUAUAUGAGAUGCCAAGGUGAUUUAAAAAAAAAAAGAUAUUGCACAUGGUAUUCUUAGCUGACAUUUGGGAACUAUUUUGGUAGAGGUAGAUGGGAACCCUUUAAACAGCAAAGGUAAUUUUAGUUACAAUACAGAAUGGAAUGGAAAGACAGACUUGGAUCACAGCCUGCCAAGCACUAUGUGUAUGUAAUGCCUUUUUCUCUGUGUGGAACUUCAGUAAUCAUGGCAGAUUGUGACUCUGACACUUGUCACAUUGUAUUAAAUUAUUCCCUGCUUUUUGAAGCACUGUUGAAAUGGGAGUUUUUGCAAGGCUCAGUGAAUAGACUUUGAUCUUGGAGAUUUCCCACUAGAAACCAGUUUUAUAUUCUUACUUCAGAUUAUCAAAUAAUAGAUUAUUAAGAUUCAGAACUUUUUAUUUCAUCCAAACAAAUUCCUACUUGUGUUUGAUAAUCUUAAUUGGAGUGGGCAUGAAUGCUAAUAUAUUGCCAUUUUGUUCGCCAUAGGAGUUUGUUUUCUUUUAAAUACACAUUUUAGAAUAAGUAAACAUUUUUCCUUAGUGUUUAAGUUGCUGUCUUUAUUAUGUACUGGAAUGAAUGCAUGAGUUUCUUACAUAUUUAUGUGUGUAAAAUAUGUCAAUAUACAAUCUCUCAGCAAUGUACUGGCAUUAGUUAUUGCAGGAAUGUUUUUGUUCUUGUGUUAUAAAUAUUAUGUUCAAAUACAAUGCCUUUGUACAGUAAACCAGUGUAAGAAAAUA